AGGUAACCAGGGUAUGUAGGGUAAUUUUGAAUGUCACAAAAAUUCGGCAUUUUAAAUUCACGUGCUCAUUGAAUUUUGAACUCUUCACACGUUCUUUUGGGUCAUUGCUAUGGAUGGAUCUGGCAUUGGAGACUAUCAUAUAAGACCCUUGCGGGCGUUGAACUUGAAUUUGCAGGAGGAGGAGGAUGUCCGACCCAUACGUAACAGACUGUCAUUUUAUUUUGCCAUUAUACAAACUUUUUUGAGUCAACCCGACGAAGAAUUUUUACCGAAAGAGGAACCGCACGCCUUCAGAGAAUACCCAUUGUCCCGAUCGCCCGGAAGGAUCAACAUAAGGGUGCCAGACACUCCCGCAUUUUUGGAGGAAAUUAGUGGGGAAUUCGAAGACAUCAUGCUAGGAGAUAUCAAUCCGGACCACUUAAUCCCAUUAGAUGACGAAAUGGGUGAUGUCAAUCCGUUCGGCGAAAUCUUUGAAAAUAUAGGUCAUCUGAAAUUUUUCAAACUGUUGUUCCGCGGACCGAGCGAUGAAUCUAUGUAUGCGUCUGCUGUGAAUGGCUUCCUCGAUACGUGGCUAACGUUUUUCCUUGGCUUCUUAUCCUUUAUCAUUUUAUAUAAACUGUAAAUAUUAACCUUUUGGAUGCAAUAAAUUUAUUGAAACGA